AUGUCUGGCAACAAAACAAAUCCAACGCGCACCGUCGACAUACCACCCUACGAUGGUUCCGAGUCCUUCACGGUGUGGCUAAGACGCGCGAAGUUCUAUUUGCGGGAGAUCGCAGAGGCCGACAGGCCCUGGACGUUACUCAAGGCCCUUGCGCCUAAACAGUUGGAUAAGGCGCUCGACGCUGGUCUCGACGCCGACCUCCCCUUCGACGCGCUUUGCCAACGCCUGGCUAACCUGUUCAGCCAUACCUACUCCUUCGGCGACGCAAUGGAACAGUUGCAGAAACGGAGGUUGAACCAAGAGGAAACCCUUAACCAGCUGGUGGAGGACCUGCAACGCCUGACAACGGUGGCUUUUCCCUCUUUGGGCUCUGCAGAUAAGGAUAACACCGUACUCUAUUAUUUUAUUAAAGCGCUGCCGACAUCCGACCUUUCACGGUCACUGUUGUUGCAGCCGCCGGACAGUUUACAAGAGGCCGUCACCAGGGCCGAACGCUACCUGCGUUUGUGCCCUCCAACUUCCCGUCCCCUUCCUCCUGAAGAUGCACACGGUCGAGAUGCCCACCCUACGUCCGCGGGACCAGGUACCUUCUAUCCCCCACGACGUUUCAGCGGCCAAACACGACCACCCUUCAAUCGUCGAGGAGGACCGUUUCGCCGGCCAGGUGGACAAAUGCUUCCCAGAAACCACAUCUGCACCUGUCAAAGGCCAACGGGUACGGUCUCUAUUACUUCUUGCACCAGCUCUACUUUAUCAGUUACCCCUUUUUAUGCCACAGUAA